AUGGAAAUAAAUGGGAACCCGUCCAUCAUUGAACCAACCACUUCAUCAGAUGGUCCAUUGCCUAGCAUUCCAAGUCUGUCCCCCAACCCAAGCUCGUCAUCCGAUUCUUUCGAUUCGUCACGGCCAAACUCGCAAGGGAGCAGUGCGACUUCUCGAUCGGUCUCACCCUCACCAAUUCCGAAGAGCGUCCCCGCGAUAGAUAGUCAGGAGUCAGUUGAGCCUCAUGCCUUGCCUCCAAAUCCACCACUCCCAGAAAACAAAUCAGCAAGCCAAUCACAUCGCCAGAAUCACCCCCCAAGAUCCGUACCCCCAGCGCCGACUGCAAGCCCUAGAACGGAUCAUGAAGUCUCAUGGAUUUCCCGCCUCAGAUUCCUCAGUCCGAGAAGAGACUGGUUUGCAAAUGCCCUGGGUACCAUAAGUCUCGGGCUUACAUUAAUUGGGAUGGUCAUUUUUGGAGAGCGAACAUACAAACUCGCGGUCUGGUCAGCUAAGAAUGAUGUACUUGACACGUGUGGUCAACUGGACUCUACUGGGAUUCAACUCGGUCCGAAUUGCAAAAAGCUUCUGUCGAACAAUACGGCCGACGUGAUUUUCCCUCCAUAUAGUCACUGGAAACGGACUUUGAAUGCAACUCUACAAGCGAGCUCGAGGCUUUUGAAGGAUGGCUUCACGAAGCGGUCUUCUCUCCCAACUGGCGGGCCUGGAGAUGACACAGUCAUCUCAACCUUCAACUUCUUGUCAGCAGCGAUCGUUCUCUCUUCCACUGUCAUCAUAGGAGGUCUAUCACUCAUCGUCUUUCGCCGCCACUGGAGGAGUGAGGAGGUCUUCACAAGCCCGGUAAGGUCCGAUUGGCAGUUUACACGACACCAUCAAGAAGGUCCAGAGACAGUCAGUGGGGAAGGUUACCAUAUGAUUACGCGCAACCCAGAAGACGACCACCCCCUCGGGCAGCUACGGCAACGAAUCCGAAGCUCGCAACCUAAUGCAGUAGAGAAUCCAACGGGCGAGCCUACGUGGCAGUCUCACAAUACCUCCGAAGACACUCUCGUCGGCGCCUUGAAGGAUACCAAGUGGGGCACCUCUAAGGUGUCGCUGACCAACGAUGCAUCCGACGAGAAACAUGAGAACCUCAUUGAGCUGGAGACUGAAGGCCCCAACAAGACGUUCUUCGAUCCCGAGACAGGAGAGUUCAUCCACCUUACACCAUGGAAAAGCACUGGCAAUGAAGAAGUUCAUGGGCUCAAACCGGACGGCAAAGGCAGUAUCAAACGUGCGUUUGCUCAGAUGGCUCUGGGAGCAACUGGUUGGGCAGGUGGCAAAAAUAUCGACGAUCAGCUGGCAGAAGAGCUACAGGCAAACAGCAAAGGCGCAGAGAGGGAUUCGAGUACACUCAAAGCUGGGGAUUGCAUUACUGGGCAUUUGGCAAACGAGGUUCCGUCUGGAAAGCCUACGAUGGAUCCUAUCGCCGCAGUGAACGACAAAGACACAGACGAGGUCGACCCUAAGGUGACGGCAUUCCUGCUAAAACAUGAUACUGGAAUUGAUAUUGAUAGGGAUGUGGACAUGAGCUCAGACUCAGAAUCGGACUCAAACGUUGAGGGAACAGGAUCAGAAAGAAACUCGGCUUCGGCUUCGGUAUCGAAGUCGGACGAGGGUCAAGAAGAUGCAGAUAUCUGGAUCCCACAAGCCACUCGAGAUGGAGGAUUGUUCAAUCUCAAUACGCUCACCGGGGUCACGAGUUCGGAACUUCCAACAUUAGAAGUCAAAUCGUCGGAUCGGACGCCAGAUUGGGAGGCCGAAGCUAUGAAUUCUUCCCAAUUUCCAUACGCGGAUCGCGAGAACUCCGGGGCUCACUCUGGCGCUGCGGUUGCGAGCCCGCGAUAA